AUGUCGCGGCUGGACAUCUCCUCCAUCCAUCCAGCCACGAACGAGAAAGCACAGGACGGCGCAUCUACCUCCGCAGCUCCUUCGCCGGACGGCGCGGAUGCUCGUUCCCCGGGUCCUAAGAACGUCCGCCCGCCAAUUGACUACACCUCGCCCAGAACAUUUGCACGCUCCGCGUAUGCACGCUUUGCGAGCAUCUGGACGCGCCAGUUUGUGCUAUCUCUGCUCGCGGGGCAGCUCGUGUCGUUCUGCAUUACGGUGGCGAACGUGACAACGACGGAGCUUGUCAAUAGGGGCUGGGCGCUGUCAACGACGCAGACAUUAUUCAUGUAUUUCUCGCUGUUCGUGACGUAUACUCCUUAUACAAUCUACCAAUAUGGUUUCAGGGGAUGGACGAGGAUGAUAUGGAAGGAUGGCUGGAAAUACUUUUUUCUCGCAGCAUGCGACGUCGAGGGCAACUUCCUUGGAGUCAAGGCAUACGACUACACGAACCUACUCUCCUGUGAGCUGCUCGAUGCCUGGGCGAUUCCGGUCUGCCUGUUUUUCUGCUGGGUAUACAUGCGUACCAAGUUUCAUUGGACUCAUCUUCUGGGAGUGUUAAUAUGUAUAGGUGGCCUCGGGAUGCUAGUUGCAUCCGACCUGUUGACAGACAAGAACUAUUCCGCCCCUAAUAGGGGCGAGGGUGACGCUUUUAUGAUAGUUGCUGCCACGCUCUAUGGAUUUACAAAUGCCACAGAGGAGUUCUUCGUUAGGCGAAGACCUCUUUACGAGGUCGUUGGUCAGAUUGGGAUGUGGGGCAUGCUGAUCAACGGAUGUCAAGCAGCAGGCCUGGAACACGCUCAUAUGAGAACCGCUACUUGGGAUGGAGCUACGAUUGGUAUUCUAGUGUCAUAUACUGUUGCCAUGUUCAUCCUAUACACUGUCGCCCCAAUGGUUUAUCGCAUGGCGUCGUCCGCAUUCUAUAAUAUCAGCCUCCUCACGAGCGACUUUUACGGGCUGAUAUUCGGUAAACGGUAUCAUCCGUUCUGGCUGUAUUUUCCCGCUUUCUGUGUGGUGAUCCUUGGCCUUGUCAUCUACUUCUGGCACGCGACACCGGAAGAACAAGGAAAGCUAGAUCCGCAGCGACCGGAAUACAUCAUGCAAGCCCGACGACAUGAGCGAGAUGAUGCGUGA